AGCGAUGAAACAGUUCACGCUUAGACGUUAGCACGUUCACAACAACUAGCGCUUUAAUUGUGUUCGUGUCAACAUAGCAUAAAACAGCCGUAGGAAAACGACAAAAAAUCAAGAAACAUGAGUCACAAACUUAUACUAUUGGCCUGCCUGGCUGUUUCUGUGUGCAGUGGCGCAAAGGUGCCCGUUGCCGUCUAUUAUGAAUCCCUGUGCCCGGACAGCGCCAAGUUUAUUACGGAGCAACUGUAUCCGGCGAUGAAGAGCGAGCUGCGUGAUUCGGUCGAGCUGACAUUUGUGCCCUUUGGCAAGUCCCAGUUCUUCACACAAGGCGCGGAGGUGACCUUUACCUGCCAUCACGGCCCCAACGAAUGCUACGGCAACAAGGUGCAUGCUUGCGCCAUUGAGCACAUUCAGGCCAAUUCCUAUCAAGUGGAAUACACACGCGAAUCGCUAACGAUGGACUUUAUCAACUGCCUGAUGAGGGCCGGCAAGAAUUUCCCCGAUAAUGUGUAUCCGGGCCAACGUUGUGCUACGGAGAAUCAUGUCAACAACUGGGAGAAUAUCAAGACCUGUGCAAACACCACCGAUGGCAGCAUUCUGCUGCGCAAGGCUGGCGAAACCACGCAGAGGCUAAAGGAGCCACUGACCAGUGUGCCCACCAUUCUGUUCAAUGAGCAAUUCGACAAGCAAGUCAACGAGCGCGCCCAGGUCAACUUUGUCGGCACUCUUUGCAAAUACGUCUCGGCGCCUCAGCCGCGCAUCUGUGCCCAGCACAACGGCGCCAUGGGUCUCGUUAGCGCCGGCUCCCUUCUGAGCGCCAUCUUGGGCAUCUGGUUCAUUCGUCAGCUGCUCAAUUAAGUGCCUGGCAUAAAUAUCUAAUUUGAAUCUCUACAAUUUGUAUAUUUCUUUAUUAUUUUAUAUCCAAACUUAAUUACAAUCCGUCCACAUCGAGCUCCAGCAUUUAUGCAAAAGCUAACAAAAAGAAAAUGUUUAAAUAAAA